CCCUUAAAACAUUCAACAACCAAGGCACUAUAUACAUAUAAUUAAUCUCAUACCUAACACACCAUUAUACCUAACAUACCAUUAUACAUUGUACGCAUAUAUCUAUUCUAACACUUUUCCUUCUAUUUAGAUUGUUCUUCUUGUCUUUUUCCUUUUGAUCUCACGAUUGUUUACUUUCCCCUUUUGUUGUUACUGAUUAUCCUGUUUGGCUGCCGAGAAAUCGGAGAAAAAUCAUGGAUAAUAAGUUUUUGGUUGUUGUUUGUCUCUUGUUCUACGAAAAGAUUUCUCUUCUCUUUUCUUAGAUCCGAUUCGAUUGAAUUUGGUUGCUAUUUCGAAGGGUUUAUUGUGUUUUCCAAUUUGUUUUUCCUCCAAUUAAAGAACCCAUGUUUUCUUUUUCCUUCUUCACGUCUCUAGAUUGAACGGAUUGUGGUUAUAUUUUGUGGGUUUGGAGUGUUGAUCUGUGAAAUUCAACCUUUUCUGGAUUUAUGUUUACUUUAUCUCUGGUUCUCUUCAGUGAAGAAGGUCUUUCUCUUUGCGCGUGUCCCGUUCUCUUCUCCAAUCCUCCACAGAACAUAAAACCCCCAAUUUCUCUUCACCAUUUGCACCCGAAGAUUGCUUCGAUGGAGGUCAAGCUUUGGAACGACAAGCGCGAGAGAGAAAUGUACGACAAUUUUGUAGAGCUCUACGCCAUUAUCAAGGCCACGGAAAAGCUCGAAAAGGCUUACAUCCGUGACAUUAUCCCUUCCUCCGAUUACGAGACCGAAUGCUUCAAACUCAUCGCACAUUUUAAGACACUGGCCUCGACGCUUAAGGACACAGUCCCAAGCAUUGAACUAUUUGCAGAUACUUACAAAAUGGACUGUCCAGCGGCGAUUAACCGUCUUGUGAUAACUGGGGUGCCUGCCACGGUGGAGCAUAGGGCGGCCGCUGCUGCCUCCGCCACUACCUCCGCUGCUAUUGUGGCGGAGUGUGUGCAGAACUUCAUUACGGCUAUGGAUUCGUUGAAAUUGAACAUGGUGGCGGUUGAUCAGGUGCACCCCUUGCUCUCGGAUCUCUCUGCUUCAUUGAACAAAUUGACCAUUCUGCCGCCGGAUUUUGAAGGGAAAACAAAGAUGAAGGAGUGGCUUGGACGACUUUCGAAAAUGGAUGCGGCGGAUGAGUUAACAGAGCAGCAAGCUCGGCAGCUUCACUUUGAUCUUGAAUCUUCUUAUAAUUCAUUCAUGGCGACUUUGCCUACAGCUGGUACUUGAAUGUUAAUGCAUGUCAAUCUAUCUAAGUCGUGGCAAGUGACAAUCUUGGCCUUGAGGUGGGGAUGGCUCUUAUUCCCUGAAGCCAUGACCUUCAAGUAGGAGUUCAAGGAAGUUGUGAUAUCUUCUAGUUCAUUGGUAAGUAAGGCUUCAAGUAUCUUUAGCUACACCCACUUAUCUUUUGUGAUUAUGGUUAAGCAAGCUUUUGAUGAUUAAGUUGCAAGUUUAAUUUAUAUUGUAAUAGAAUUAAUUAUAGUUUGAAAAUAACAUUGAUAUAAUUUAAUGUUCUCAAAAUACCUAUUUGGUAAACUCAUACUUCACAUCAUUCCAAACAAAAACUGUAUGAUGACAUUGUGACAAUGGCUCUGACCUAAUUU